AUGGCAGAUGUUUCCUUUCGAACGGAUGGAGUCAAGCAAAAAGCGCUCAAGAUCCUUGUGAUUGGCGACAUGCACGUAGGCAAGAGCUCGCUUCUGCUGCGAUUCUGCCGAAACGCUUUCAAUCCCAACAUGCGCGCCACGAUCGGAGUGGACUACCUCCUCAAGACGCUGACCAUCGAUCAAGUGGACUACCUAUUUCAAAUCUGGGACACAGCGGGGCACGAGCGGUUCCGCGCGAUCACGACAUCGUACUACCGAACUGCAGACGGCGUUAUCCUCGUCUACGACUGCACC